UUUACAAUAUUCAGAGUGAUGGAAAGACUGAACUCAAAGCUGUACUUACAGAACUGCUAUAUUAUGAAGGAAAAUGAGAGGCUAAGGAAGAAAGCACAGCUUCUCAACCAGGAGAAUCAAGCACUACUAUCUGAACUGAAACAGAAAUUGGGGAAGGGAAAUUCAUCAAAAGGAAAUGCUCCAAAUAAUAUUCCUGACCUCAACCUCUGCUCCACCUCCAACCCAAAUCCUGCCAAAUCUAGCAAACCAUGAUUCAGCUAAGUAGAUAUCAUGACCCCGCUGAAGAAUCCCCUAGCCUUCUUUUUUUGUGUAAAACCAUAGUCAAACACUAGUGUAGUUCUAGUUUCAGUUAAUAUAGGACAGUAGUAGUACUUUGCUACCAGGUUUACUUUUGCUUCUAUUUUCAUCUUGGAUACAUCUUUCUUUUCUGGGGGUUUAAGAUAUGGAUUUCUGAACCACAAAGAUGUA